CUUGGACUAUGGAGAAAUUCUCUCUCUCUGCAAUUCUUGUUUCCAACAAAUUGAGUGCCACCAUUAAUUUUUAUCCUUCAGGGGAAAACUUUCCUGGAAAACAAUUCUUUCUUUAUUUUCUUUUGUUCAGUUGAGGUUAUAUUUAUCAUGAAUUCCACGAGGGGUCAAGUAGGCAUUCAGAUGCUGCUAACUGCAGAACAGGAAGCUCAACAGAUAGUUUCUGCUGCAAGAAACUUGAAGCUGACAAGAUUAAAGCAAGCCAAAGACGAAGCUGAGAAAGAUGUUGCAGACUAUCGAUCCAAAUUAGAGUCUGAAUAUCAAAAGAAACUGUCUGAGACAAGUGGGAAUUCAGGGUCAACUGUGAAAAGGCUUGAAGAGGAAACUGAAAUAAAGAUUCAGAAACUGAAGGAAUCAGCCUCAAAAGUCCAGCCAGAUAUAGUUGGAAUGAUCAUGAAGCAUAUUACUGCUGUUAAGAACUGAAGCUUCAAGGAAAGAGCACAGAUUAAAGAGAGACUGAACUGCAGGCUGAAGAGAAGUUGGCCAUGUCUGGGCUAAUGAAUCUAAUAAAGUAUUUGCAUGUUCUUAUUCUCUCCAAAGCAAUUUUUGGACAGAGCUGUUAUUUCUGCUUUGAUUUAGAAUUUCUUUUCUCCAUAUUUUUGAGAAUUAUUUGUUUUGGACGGACCUGCAAGUUGCUUCCUCUAAUUGAGCUCAAAUCCGUGCAGAAAGAAUGAGUUUUGUGGUACCUCUCUAAAUUUCUUCAACACCUUUCUUAAAUCUUGCAAUGUGUCAUCUUCUACCGUUGAUUAGGAGGAAGGCACAUCUUCAAUAAACAUUAGAAUUGCAAGAACUGUAACUGUGAUACUGUCACAGAGUGAGAGGAUGAGAGAAGUGGAAGAGAAUGUGAUACUCUUGAAUAUCAAGUUUUCUUUUAGAAUAAAAUGGAGCAUGACUGCUAAAAAUCUUAGACGGUGUAUAAUCCUGUAAACCAAAUAUAUGCAGUAAGGCCCAAAAUUAACUUCUCCAUGCACAUUUACAAAUAGUCAAGAGACCACAGUUCAAGAUAAAUUUUGCAAUGUUUCAACCUUUGGGGACCCCAACACUCACCUAAAUCUCAGCCAGGCAUGAAGGGGUCCACCAAAGCAUGAUACCCUGUUUUAUCCGAUCGCUUGAAUUGCAGUUCAAGAAAAGGUUUACUGGCAAUAUGAACAGUAAGGA